CAAAAAUAGGGAGAUAUAUUUUGUUGGGAAAAUUUAGAAAAAAAAGAAAAAAGAGAGCCGUUGGAGAUAAGGGAGGUAAGAAUGGCUAGGAAAGGACAAUCGGCACUCACUCGAUGAUGCGCGAAGGACAGGGAAAGAAGAUCGGUAGAGAAGCAUUCAUGAAGGUUGGCUAGACACAAAAAUAAGAUAAACACAAACAACAGAAAUCCAUUUGGAACAACAAAACCACGAAAACUCCCAAACAACCAGCCCAUGAAAGAGAGCUAAUUCCAAACUAGUUUUGCUGCACAUGAGGAAAAAUUGCCAAAGGUUUAGAAGGAAGAAGGCGAGAUGCCCUUUCUCUUUCUCUUUCAAUGUUAAUGGUAACUAAUCUUGUUAGAGAAAUUAGUGCAAAUUAUAAAGGGAGAGACAAAAAAAAUUGUUGGCAUCCUCCACCAUAUAUAUAUGGUGGCCAUUUGAGUUUUUCGUUUGGAGAUCAUCGGUGAAGAACCAAUAAAAGGAGAAUAAUUGAAGAAAGUCAUUCCAUUUGGGUGCUUUUCUCUGCUUGGAGGGGACAUUAAUUUUGCUGGGAGGAUAGAUAUUUCAAAAUGGUUUGGAACAAGAAGAAACAGACUCUCGAGGAUUUGGUGAUUAUAGUAGGGCUGAUAAUGGUGCAAUUUGUCUACGCAGGGAACUCGGUUUUGUUGAGCUAUCUCAUGUCUCUUGGCCUUAACCCUCUAACCAUUGUUAUUUUCUCAACUUUUGCCACCUUCCUCAUACUCUCUCCCAUUGCUGUUCAUUUUGAAAGGAGCAAAUGGCCAAAGGAAUUCAGAUUGAAGUUGAUGAUUCAGCUGGUUUUAAUUUCUUUUGGAGGGGUUACUCUGUUUCAGUCCUUAUUCCUUAAGGGGAUUAAGUUAACUUCACCAGCAAUGGCUACAGCCAUGCCGAACCUUGCUCCAGGGCUUAUUUUCAUUAUUGCUUGGACAUUAAGGUUAGAGAAAGUUAAGCUAUGUUGCGUAUACAGCAAAGUCAAGAUUGUAGGCACAAUUUUAUGUGUUGUAGGUGCCCUCAUGAUGAGUCUAAUGAGCAGCACUGAAUCAGCAAAAGAGUCAAAGUCCUCGGAAAGUACUCCCCUGGGAGAUAUGAGCUUCGACAAACAUAAGAUUAACGGUUGCUUAUAUCUCAUAGCAGCGGUUUUCGUUCUAUCAAGCAAUGUUGUAUUGCAAGCUACUACUUUGGGUGAUUUUCCUGCUCCUAUAUCCCUGUGCGCCAUAACAUCAUUGAUUGGAGUAAUUAUAACUGCGAUUGUAGAAUUGGUUCUCAACCACAGAGUGGACGUUGGCUGGCCCCUGAUGAGACUCGGGACCCUCAUUUGCUAUUCUAUACUGGGAGGUGCUGUUGGUGGAGCAUGUGUGAGCUUCAAUGGAUGGGCAAUGAAGAAGAGGGGUCCAGUUCAUGUGGCCGUGUUUAACCCCAUUGGAACAGCUAUCUCAGUUGUUUUUUCUGUUAUUACCUUAGGCGACAGAUUUAACCUUGCAAGCCUUGCUGGUAUGUUCCUCAUGUUCACUGGUCUAUACUUGGUGCUAUGGGCUAAAGGCAAAGAAGGUUUCCGUGAUGGUGAUCAACUGGAAAGUGAGUUUGAUCCACAGAAGCGUCUCCUGGCUUAAUAAUUAGCGUCAAUAUUCAGAUAGAUUGCCCUAAUUUGUUCAGUCAGCAAACCCUGUACUGGAAAGAGCUAGUGCACAAAGGAAACACCAUCUUUAUUGUAGUUGACAAGUUCACUAGAAAAACCUCCUGGUGUGUAAAUAUUGUUUAAGAUACUCACCCCUUCUGGGAGCAUAGAAUGAUCAGACUGCAUGUCUUUCUUGAAAGCUCGAACAUAUUGUGUGUAGAAACUUGCGAGAUUCUUGGAAAAAUGUUUCCGUGGCUAAUAUAAUUGUACUUGUAUAAAGCUGUUUGAUUUUGUUGUA